CUGGUUUGCUGCAGUCAGGCUUGACCUGGGCGCGGGUCAGUUGUCACCGUCCGCCGGGCACCCCCUCCUUGCGCUACUUCUGUGCUUACAUCACACACGCAGCCACUGAGCGGCGUCCAGGAAGGUCGCGCGAGCCUCAAGGUCUCUGCUGAAACGUCACCCUUUCUGACCCUUGUACCUGGAAUCCUCAGUGUUCAUCUGCAGCUUUAUGGUGGCUGCCCCCAUCUUUGGCUACCUGGGUGACCGCUUCAACAGGAAGGUGAUCCUCAGCUGCGGCAUCUUCUUCUGGUCGGCUGUCACCUUCUCCAGCUCCUUCAUCCCCCAGCAGCACUUCUGGCUGCUGGUGCUGUCGCGGGGGCUGGUGGGCAUCGGCGAGGCCAGCUACUCCACCAUCGCGCCCACCAUCAUCGGCGACCUCUUCACCAAGAACACGCGCACGCUCAUGCUUUCCGUGUUUUACUUUGCCAUCCCGCUGGGCAGCGGCCUGGGCUACAUCACAGGCUCCAGCGUCAAGCAGGCAGCCGGAGAUUGGCACUGGGCCCUGCGGGUGUCCCCCAUCGUGGGCAUGAUCACAGGAACGCUCAUCCUCAUCCUGGUCCCAGCCACGAGGAGGGGCCCUGCAGACCAGCUAGGGGGGCAGCUGAAGGUGCGCACCUCGUGGCUCCGUGACAUGAAGGCCCUGAUCCGCAACCGCAGCUACGUCUUCUCCUCCUUGGCCACGUCGGCCGUGUCCUUCGCCACAGGGGCUCUGGGCAUGUGGAUCCCCCUGUACCUGCACCGCGCGCAGGUCGUGCAGAAGUCGGCGGAGACCUGCAGCAGCCCGCCGUGCGGGGCCAGGGACAGCCUCAUCUUCGGAGCCAUCACCUGCUUUACUGGCUUCCUGGGCGUGGUCACGGGGGCAGGAGCCACGCGCUGGUGCCGCCUGCGGACUCAGCGGGCUGACCCGCUGGUGUGCGCCGUGGGCAUGCUGGGCUCUGCCAUCUUCAUCUGCCUCAUUUUCGUGGCUGCCAAGAGUAGCAUCGUGGGCGCCUACAUCUGCAUCUUUGUUGGGGAGACGCUGCUGUUUUCUAAUUGGGCCAUCACGGCAGACAUCCUCAUGUACGUGGUCAUCCCCACGCGAAGGGCCACGGCCGUCGCCCUGCAGAGCUUCACCUCUCACCUGCUGGGGGACGCGGGGAGCCCCUACCUCAUCGGCUUUAUCUCGGACCUGAUCCGCCAGAGCACCAAGGACUCCCCACUCUGGGAGUUCCUGAGCCUGGGCUACGCCCUCAUGCUCUGCCCCUUCGUGGUGGUCCUGGGCGGCAUGUUCUUCCUGGCCACGGCCCUCUUCUUCCUGGGCGACCGCGCCAAGGCCGAGCAGCAGGCUCUCCCACCUUCCCCUGGGGCUGACGAGGUCCCUGCCCGGCACGUCCGGCCAGCCGGCACCCGAGAUGCGAUGCGCCAGAUCAGUGCCCGGGCCCGGCCGCCGCUGAUCCGCCACCUUGACCCCCGCCCGUCUCUCCCCCAGGGUGAACCAGCUGGUGAUGCCGCCCGCCUCCAUCAAAGUCUGAGGCCGUGCCUAUGGGCCGGCGAGGAACCCUCACUGUCCUACUCGGGAGGCAUCUCACGGCAUCCCAGCCCUGCGGGGCAGUCUCAAAGCCACUUGUGCGACCCGAGGCCAGGCACCCACCCUCUCUGGUCUGGGCCUGGGCAGUGGCCGUGGCUGCACCAGGUCGUGGCCUCACCCGGCGUGGAAGGCUGUGUGUGGGGGAGCCACGCAGUCAGACAGACGCCCAGCCCUGGGGCCAGACUGCAGGGUGCAUGGCACCUAUGGCGAAAGCAGCCCCCAGUGGGUGUGUGGGGCACACCCAGCCUGUUGCCACGUGAUGGGGUCCUGGGCAAGCCUCCAGCCUCCCCAGGCUGUGGGGCCGGACAGCUGGACUUUCCCACAUGGCAGCUCUGAAGACCUGCAGCUCCUGGACUGGAGGGGUCUGGGCCUCAGGUCCUGGCCUCUGACCCUGGGGUAGACUCAGCCCUACCGGGUUGUGCACCACUUCCCUCAGGACACUUGUCCCCGCGGAUGCUAGGCCGCUGCCUGGACUGGCUCUCCGCCUGUGGGGGAGCUGACAUCACCAGGGGUGAAGGCCCUGGUGGCACCCCCCCCCGCCCCCUGUGGGGCCCUAACCAUGGCAGGGCCCAGGUGACUAUUCCCAGAAGCCACAGGGCAGCCGCAGCCAGCAUCCUCACGACCAGAGGAAGCAGCCACCCCACGAAGCUUCCUGUCCUGCCAACGGCCAGGGGUGGAACCCGAGGUCAAGGCUAUGCUCCACAUGGCUGUGGUGCUCCCAUGCACUCCCCCACCCCUCAGUGCCCUGCGCCCCCUCCCCCCACCGGCUGAAAUCGAGGUGGCCGGCAGGAGUCCAGGGCAGACCAGACACUCCCCGCGGUUAGUGGCUGGCGCGGCUUCUGUGUGCACGCUGGCGGGACAUUCGCUCCUCUCUGAGCUCUGGGGCGCCUGCAAGGGGGACCCCACCCCGGCCUCCACUGGGGCCCCAGCAAUGUAUUCUUGUUGUACAAGAACCAGGUCCAGGUGUUGUCUCCUCUUCCUUCCGGAAGCCAAACUGCUCCUUUAUUUUUUAGAGCUGCUGAUUGUGAAUCUCAGAAUCUUAAGAGAGAAGCCAAAUAUAUUCCUCUUGUAAACGAAGGAAUAAACCUACUUAAAUCGC